AUGGCAUCUGCAUCUGCUUCUGCAUCCAAGACAAAUCCCAACUUCCGCCGGGACAGAUGGAGCGGAGCUUUCCAAAACCGAUCCAAACUUCCGCACUCUCUUCCCGAUCUAACCGUGAAGCCUCGGAGGCUCGGACAGAUGCACCACGUUGGAUUGGUCUUCCAAAGUGGAUCCUCAGACAAGUGGGAUGAGCAUCAAGGGUAA